GGAAGAAAGUGCGGACAAAGAGUACAGCCAAAAAGACUCUUCUUUUCAUAGUGAAAUUUUUCUCCAGCAGAAGCAGAAGCACGGAAGAAGUUGUCCCCGUCCCGAAAUAGCAGGUGCAAUCUUGGUGCCAGUGUUCCUCCCCCGGAAAAGUAGUGCAAUCGGCCGAUGACGGUCUAGCGGUGCAAAAGUGCUUAUCAAAUAGUGGAUUCCGAGGUACCUCCGUCUGAAUCACGCCCCGGAACAGCGGUCCCCAGACGCACACGCACAAUGUCGUCGAAACGGAAAUCACCGCCGAACAAACUGUCGAACGCGACGUCGCCUACGGCGCCCGUCCAGGUUGAGAAGAAUAAUUUCAAAAAAAUUUCCCUUAAAAAUGAAGACCUCAUCAAAUCGUCACCGGUUAAGGAGCUGAACUGCGCCUUCGAUGCCAGUUUCCUGUCGAUGCAGAAAAUGCAGUCCCAAAUGGAGCCCAAGUUCGUGAAAAACGAACACAGCGAGUACAUCAUGGGCCACCAUCCGCAUCAUCACCCGCAGCAGCAGCAUCAUCAUCCGUUCGGAGGCCUCGGCGGUAUGCCUGGAGGAGGCCACCCACUGAUGAUGGAUGGAGAUUUCCAUCAGUUCAAUUUGCCAUUUCUGAAUGUUGCUAGCUAUAUUCUGAAAGGAUCGGAUCCGGCGAUUGGAAAGCACGAAAACUAUCAGCUCACGAUGAAUCUUGAUAAUCUGAAUAUUUCAAAUAGCCAACAAGAGAUGGCGCCAGCUGCUCAACAGCAACAACAAGCGGCGCCACGUAAAGUGAACAAUCUUAUUCUCAACCAUCUAAAAUCCAUCGUGGAUAAUUUUGACAGUUUGAACAACAACGUUAAUGAUAAAAAUUCGUACACACCGCCACCUUCGGUGGCUUCACCGCAACUGCAGCAACAAAUACAGCAAGACUCUCCUCCGCAAGUCAACAACUGUCCGACUACUAUGGGGCAGCCCCCCGGUGGCGGAGGUACAGCGCCUCUGUUGAACAAUCACGACGCCGAAAAGGAUCAGAACUACGAAGGUUUCCGAAGCCAGCUGGACGAACGUAUCAGCAAUCUGCAGCUGAGCAAGCGAGAAAUAAACCUGAUGAGGCUGAACCUAAGCUUGCUGGACUUCCCGAACGAGAUUCCGCCGAGUCUGUUGAACCAGAAUCAUCACAACAGCAGCUACGAGCGGACAGCGCAGGGAGGGGAAGAUCUGAAUUGUAGUACCUCGCAGAAUAAUAUGAAUAUUAAAUUGAUUAAAAGAAGCUUCAAAGAGUCCCUCUACGAGAAGGAGAAGAACAUCAACCGGUUGAUCAUGUACUUCACCAUCUGGCGGGAGAUGCUGCUGAAGGCGGAGUUUGUAAGGCUGCUCGAGUGCCGGCGGGCCUCUGAGAGUGGAUUAAAACAAUGGCGCAAGAACCAGCUCUGGACUGCCAGGCGUGAUACCGCGAAUAAUGCCGAAAACAAAAAGUACAAAUUCACCAACAACAACAACUCCAAAUCAAACCUGGACACGACAUCACUGAUCCCGCCCGGCUCGUCCUCCGCCCUGGGAACACCACAACAGCGUCAAUCACCGACGGCUACGGUGACAGCGACAUCCUCAGCCACCCGCCCACCAUCCGCCAUAUCACGAAGCGGGCUGCAACCGAGCGUUACUCCGGCGGCUUCCACAUCUACAUCCGCCGGUGACUGUGACACCCCGACCGGGGAGGAAACCAUCGACGCGGACAACUGUAUCCAGCGCUACCGCAAUGUAUUCCAAGCCAUUUCUAAUAAAACACUGGAGCCCACCGCCGGUGGCGGCGGCGGCCGUUCAAACCCAAAUCGGAAGAAUGCUAGAAAACGCCCACCCGGAUACCCAGACGAUCUGCUGACCGAGAAGUGUUCGCCGGUGGACUUGCGUUCCGGACCGACGACGCCAUCCUAUGAGAUCGAGUACGAUAAGAAGGAAGACCAAAGAUACCUGAAGGAUGAUGCACCGAUCAACUUGAGCAAGCGGAAGAACGAAUACCGGGACAGUCCGAUCAGGGAGCUGAACAACGGCAACAAACUGAUCGGAGGCAUGUUCAAUCACUGUGAUCCGGACGAGCUGAGCCAACGGAUGGAGGUUGCUGGGUUACCGCAGGCGGUAUCCCUGCUCGACAGUGAUCCGGAACGAUACAUGCUCAAACCGAAGCGGGAACGGCUGGAUCCGGAAUCGAGCCUUUUCGACUACAAGCCAGAUUCAUUGAAACCGAAACUCAGUCUCUACCAGUCACCUAGUCCCCACCAUAGUCCGGACGAGAAGCAGUUGAUGAAUGACGCUGGAUUCUCGCUUCCGCAACCAUUCUUCAUUAAAAACCCAGAUGCUCACGGUAGUUCGGUUAAUCAACCGGGACUACCGGUUCCCUUCAACAGCAGUGCCAUGCUAGACAAUAUGAACCGCCAUUUGUUACGACAGCAACAGCAGCAACAACAACAACAACAAAUGAGUGCCGGAAUUCCCCCGGGGGGUAGUAAAAAGGACAAAUCCAACCAGCUCAGCAUGGAUAUGAACCCGGCGGAUCUGAACACUUCCCGUCGAUCCGGAGCGGAAAAGAAUCACAUCAAAAGACCGAUGAACGCGUUCAUGGUAUGGGCCAAGGACGAACGUCGUAAAAUCUUGAAAGCCUGCCCGGACAUGCACAACUCGAACAUUUCCAAAAUAUUGGGGGCCCGCUGGAAGGCUAUGACGAACCUGGAGAAGCAACCCUACUACGAAGAGCAAGCCAAAUUGUCCAAGCAGCAUAUGGAGAAACAUCCGGACUAUCGGUACCGGCCGCGACCGAAGCGAACCUGCAUUAUCGACGGUAAGAAGAUGCGCAUAUCGGAGUACAAGUGUUUGAUGAAGAACCGCCGGCAGGAGAUUCGACAGUUCUGGACGCGGGAUUACGACGGAUCGAGCGAUCAGGGUGGUUGUCCGCUGAAGGAAGCCGGGAAGGUAAUUAAAAAUGAGGCCAUGUGAGACAGGGGUGAUGGGGUGGGUUGGCAGCGGGAAGCGUGCGGCUUCGGUGGCUUUGGGAUGUGAGCCGUGUGGCUGGGUGAGUGAAUGGAAAAUUGAUGUUGAUUUUGUUUUUUGAGAAAAAAAUAAAUGAUUGGUUGAGAAGUGAA